UAAAGUAAGUUCACCCUCUGAAAACCCAAAAGAGCAAAAGGGGUCAAAACAGUUGGAUUCUGUUUAGUCGGAAGUAUGUCGUGUUCCUCGGAAUCUACGGGUUUUAAACCGGGGAUGUUGCCGGAGAAACCAAGCUUUGCCCAAACUUGUAAUUUGUUGAGUCAGUACUUGAAGGAGAAAGGUAGCUUCGGAGAUCUAUCUCUGGGAAUGACAUGCAACGCUGAAACUAACGGGACCCCACAGGUGCCGCCUACGACUAUGAAUUUGUUUCCCGUCGAUGAUAAGUCCGGCGAUGUUUGUAGCCAAACCGUUGGAGCUCCUAGGAACUUGAGAUCUAUGGACUUGUGCCCUCAAGGAGCUGGUUUUUUGGCACUGGCUCCUAAGGACGAUGUUCGGAAAAGGGUUGAGUGUAGUGUUACUAACAUGAAAAUGUCUGAGCCUCAAACUGCACAGAUGACCAUCUUUUAUGGUGGACAAGUGAUUUCUUUUAAUGAUUUCCCAGCCGACAAAGCUAAGGAAAUCAUGCUUUUAGCUAGCAAGAGCAGCUCACAAACCAGCAGAGCAAGAAGUCCAAUCAAAUCCAGCUUCGGAGUUCCUCCCACCUUGAAAACGGUUCAACCUGCUCAGCGACCUCUUCCUGGCGAUCUGCCGAUUGCAAGGAGAGCUUCGCUGCAUCGGUUCCUAGAGAAGCGCAAGGAUAGGAUCACCUCGAAAGCACCAUACCAGAUAACUAGCUCCGCCGCAUCAGCUUCCAAGUCGGGCGACAGCAAGUCAUGGCUGGGUUUGGCUGCUCCAUCACCAUAGUAAUCUAAGCCAAUGUUUGAGGUCUCGUCUUUUUGAGGCUUUUCUUAAGCCUUGUAUCCUUUGUUAUUCUCUUCUUCUUUUUUUCAGCAGGGUCGGCCUGCUG